ACAGCGACAUGGAUGCGGCACAAACUGGAGAAAAGUUUAAAGAUGCGCCUCAAAGCAGCGCACCAAGCGUGGCGCAAAAACAGCCGCAGCCCGGAACACAUCGGCUCCGAUGCACCAGCCGCUUCCCCUUGGCCGCGAAUAAUAACGCACACCGGCCUAUGCGUCAACCGGUCCUCCUACUCGGUCGCUGCACUUGUGCGAUCCGUGAGCCAGAAAGCAGCGGAGUAGCAGGGGCGACGCGUCCUGCAGCUUGUCCAGUUACAGAGGAGAAAACCAGGGGGUUCCCAUUGGCUGAGACUCCACUUCUGUUUGCCUUCCCCCCGGCUGGCAGGAUGAACUUUAAAAACAUGACGGAGUACCUGGCCUGGCUGUACUACCAGUACCUGCUCAUCACUGGCAUCUAUGUCCUGGAACCAUGGGAAAAGUCCAUCUUUAACUCUGUUCUCUUCUCCGCCAUUGCUAUGGUGGUCUACACGUCAUACGUGUUCGUGCCCAUCCAUGUGCACCUGGCUCUGGAGUUUUUCUUUGAGAACUUUGGCGGCCAACCGGAGAGCACCAUGGCACUCAUGAACUAAAACAAAGGGAGGAAAAAGUCACAAAGAAGGAGCGGUUUGUAAAUCAUCUCCAUGUUCAAGAAGACUGAAAACUUGAAGAUCUUUCAAGAAUUAUCUGGAAACCUUAUGCACUUCUUUUGCAUCCUGCGCCCUCUGGCCUUACCCAGUGGUAUUACACAGCAGUGCUUUAAUUUCCUACACUCGUGAAGUGUUUGGUUUUCCUUUUCCUCGCCAUAUGUCCUGUGUGACUGCAUACCACCUCCAGGUUUUGCAUGAUAGGGUCAUCCAUGGCAGAUGGGUUUGCAUGCUUGUCUGACAACAAAACAUAACCGGUGUCUUUCCUCCUUCUGGUUUCAAGCUAUAAACUUCGUGAAGGUACUCCAGGAAUUCUGUUUUUUAUGUUAAUGAGAACUGGGCAUCAUGGAAGAAAGUGUGCUUCAGAACUGAAGCAACCAAGGUUAUGAAACUUGUUUUUUUUUUAUUUUUUAAAUAUGGUUGUUUAAAGUAACUUGUCACUACACAUGCAAUAUCUACAACGCUUCACAUGUAAUGAUGUCCCACAUAAAGUCAUUGAAAAAACCUUAGAAUAAAUAUUUAUAUUAUUGCAGUAACAUAAUCUUACACCAAAAAUUCAAAAUCCAACUUUUGAUUUGAGUGCAUUUAUCAAGUGAAGAAUAAAAUCCCACUUAGAAAUAAGUUUUUUUUUUUUUUACAAAACCACAGGUGCCAAUUUGUUGACCUUCCUUUAUAAUUCCUAAACAAUAGGCAUAAUUUAGGCAUUUUUGUAAUUUAUGCUUUUUUAAGUUAAUCAGUUUCUAAGAAUUCUCGUUAAGCAAAGAGGUUUAUUUCUCAUCCCUUAUAUAAAAUGGGAAAGAUUAGAAAACCUAAAUUGAAAAAAACAAAAGAAACUUGGUUCCUGCAGGAUGUCACUCAUCGUCUGUUUUUUGCAACCUUUUCUGGCAAAAAAGUAGUAUCAGAAAUUUGUUUAAAUAUGCUGUGACACAGAGAUUUAUUUAUUUUAUCCAUCACUUCAAGAAGAGAGAACUUGGCAAUCAAGUAAGAGGAUGUGUGUUGGUCUUCAUAUAUAAGAAAAUAGCUGCUUGCCUUAGCUUGCCUAUAUCUACGGUCAAAGCAACAAAAAAAAGUUUAAAACAGCUGGAACUGUGAUGAAUAAACACAGUUUGCUUUAAGAAGGGAGCUCAGAGGGGUGCUGGUGGCUCUGUUGGUAGAGCACGUGCACCAUGUGCAGAAGCUAUAGAGUUCGAUACGGUUGUCCUGGUUUGAUUCCCGGUCUCAGGCCAUUUGCUGCAUGUCUUCCACUUCUCUCUAAACCCUCUUUCCUGUUUGAUUAUUGUACAGUAAAUGCGACAAGUAAAAAAAAAAAGAAGGGAAGGGAAAUGAAAACAUGUGUAAAGCUCAAUGUUAGUGAACUGCAGCAUUUUUAUAAAUGAGAUGAUAUUAUUGCAAUAAAAAACGAUUUAUUUAAAGGUAAUUCUACAUUUAUUUAUUGGUGCCAAUAAAUCUGGAAGGCGCUGUCUUUAGAACCCAAUUUAUACAAAUUUGAUGAGGCCCUACAAUUUCCAAAGCUGACAGCAGAGAUCUACAGUUUAUGAAUUUGUAAAUAAAAGAUCUGCUGUGAUUUUUCUCCAUCUCUAAUAAAACAAACUGGCAAUGAUGCAAAAGUCAGACUGCCAAGUUUGCUGCGCACAUCGGAGUAAACACCUGCAGGUCUGUUACAUAAAACGUCCCAUAACAACACUUGGCAACUGUUCCCACCAGCACUGAAUAUGUGUGCACAUCUGCUGUCUUACACAUUACACCUGCUUUCUGAUUAAACGAGAAGGUAGUAUAGAGCUUAUAACAGCUGUGUUGACAUGCACCAAAUAUUGUUAUAUUUUUGGUUAUGUAUGAGCAACAAAAUAAAACCUUUUGUAGUUUAUGCACUGAAGAGCAACCUGAAAGAAUGCAGCGUGAAGGUAAAUGCAAACAUUGUGAAACUAAAAGCUUAAGCUAUGCAAUGAAGCGACACCUAGCUGGACUCUGCUACAGUUUCUCCUGAGCCUAUAUACCAAGCAAAGGGAACAAUAAAAAAAUAACAGCGAUAAAAUGUGCCAAGCCCUCUCUUUAUUCCAGGUUUAUUUUGUACGUUGGCAUGUUAGGAAGGAGUGCUCAGCACUAAGAGAGAACAAAUAUUGAUUUAUCGCUGUUUUAUGUCUGGUUUUGGCUUUAUCCAUGGCAUAGCUUUGCUUUGCACAUGUUUGCUGUGUCAUGCAAAACUGACAAAGUGCUGAAGGAAAAUUAGUUGAAUGGAAAAAGUCUUCCUCAGCUAUAGCUGAUCUAAAGCAAUUAAGCCUUGAGUUGUACUGCAUUUAGUAGUUGUGAUUAGCAUUGUUCAUAAUUUUGAGUUUAAGAUCAUCUUUAGUUAUUUGUGCUUUGGAUGAAGGGCUCAGUGAUGAAAUGCUGAUUUUAUUUAUAUAUAUAUAUAUUCAUUGGUAAAUGCUUGGCUGGUUACAAUGUCAGUUACCAAACUUUGUAUUGUUCAGUUAUUUAUGCACAAGUCUCUUGUGCCCAUAAUUAUUGCAUUAUUUUGUUAGUUUUUCUCUGCCUUAAAGUGCUUUUGUACAAUUCCCAGAUUGUAUUGUUUCCUUAACUUUUGAUAAACAUUUUCAUUAAUAUGACACAUUUAUAACAAGAAUGAAGAGGCCUUUAAGAUUUUUUUUUUCACAGUUUACCAAACUAAAUGUUGUAUUUCUACAUGAUAGCUACACAUCACUGUAGUAGUCACA